AUGGGUUUUCAUAUACUAUCCAUGGUUUCCGGUGCCAAGCAAAUUCUUAAGCUUCAAUCUCUUGUUUCAAGAGAGAAAGCAGAUGUUCCAAAAGGCCAUAUUGCAGUUUAUGUUGGAGAGAAACAAACGAAACGAUUUGUGGUUCCAAUAUCAGUUGUGAACCAUCCUUCUUUCAAAGACUUGCUUAAGCGGGCAGAGGAAGAGUUUGGCUUUAAUCAUCCGACUGGUCGUCUAACAAUUCCAUGCAAAGAAGAUGCCUUCAUCGAUCUCAUUUCUCGAUUGCAUGCCUAAUAAUCACGAUUCUGUUUUUAACUUUUUAUUAAUUUUUUUAAUAUAUGUGAAGAAAACAUUAGCUGUAGUAUGUAAAAUCAUUUUAACUAUAAGUUGGCAGCGCCAAAUAAAUUUUUCUCCAAUGAAACCAUAAUUGAAUUUCUUUUUUUUUUUUACCUUUUAUCUAA